AUGGCUAGUCUCGUACUUAACACUGGCGCCAAGAUGCCCAUCCUGGGGCUGGGCACAUGGAAGUCCCCUCCUGGUCAAGUCGCCGAGGCAGUGAAGACGGCCAUUGACGUGGGCUAUCGGCACCUGGACUGUGCCCACGUCUACCAGAACGAGAGCGAGGUGGGUGAGGCCAUCCAGGAGAAGCUCAAGGCCGGGGCCGUGAAGCGUGAGGACCUCUUCAUCGUCAGCAAGCUCUGGUGCACAUACCACGACAAGAGCCUGGUGAGAGAUGCCUGCAAGAAGACACUCGGGGACCUGAAGCUGGACUACCUGGACCUCUACCUGAUCCACUGGCCCACCGGCUUUAAGGCGGGGAAGGACUUUUUCCCUCUGGAUGGGACAGGCAACGUGAUUCCCAGUGACACUAAAUUUUUGGACACGUGGACAGCCAUGGAGGAGCUGGUGGACGAGGGGCUGGUGAAGGCGAUUGGAGUCUCCAACUUCAACCACCUCCAGAUUGAGAGCAUCUUAAACAAGCCUGGCUUGAAAUACAAGCCGGCAGUUAACCAGAUUGAGUGCCACCCGUACCUCACCCAGGAGAAGCUUGUUGAGUACUGCCAGUCCAAGGGCAUCGUGGUGACCGCCUACAGCCCCCUGGGCAGUCCUGACCGGCCCUGGGCCAAGCCUGAGGACCCGUCCCUACUGGAGGACCCCAGGAUCAAAGCGAUUGCAUCCAAACAUAACAAGACAGCAGCCCAGGUUCUGAUCCGGUUUCCCAUUCAGAGGAACGUGGUUGUGAUCCCCAAGUCAGUGACUCCCAAGCGCAUCAUCGAGAACUUCCAGGUCUUUGACUUUGACAUGAGCAGUGUGGAUAUGAGUACCUUGCUGAGCUACAACAGGAACUGGAGGGUCUGUGCCCUGAUGAGCUGUGCCCAGCACAAGGAUUACCCGUUCAAUGCCGAGUUCUGA